AUGAGCGGCGACAACAUGGAAGUCGAGUUGGCGGAGCAGAAGCUCAAGACGAUGGAGCACAGCGAGCAGCACUACUUCAAGAGCUACGACCAUCACGGAAUCCACGAGGAGAUGCUGAAAGAUGAGGUGCGCACACGGUCGUACAUGAACGCCAUCAUCCAGAACAAGCACAUCUUCAAGGACAAGGUCGUUCUCGACGUUGGAUGCGGCACCGCGAUCCUUUCCAUGUUCGCCGCCAAGGCCGGCGCCAAGCAUGUCAUCGGCGUGGACAUGUCCACCAUCAUCUUCAAGGCCCGCGAGAUCGUCAAGGUCAACGGCCUGUCAGACAAAAUCACCCUGAUCCAGGGCAAGAUGGAGGAGAUUGAGCUGCCGUUCCCUCAGGUUGACAUUAUCAUCUCCGAGUGGAUGGGCUACUUCCUCCUCUACGAAAGCAUGCUGGACACGGUCCUGUACGCCCGAGACAAGUACCUGGUUAAGGACGGCUUGAUCUUCCCCGACAAGGCCACCAUCUUCUUCGCCGGUAUCGAGGACGGCGACUACAAGGAGGAGAAGAUUGGAUUCUGGGACAACGUGUACGGCUUCGACUACACUCCUCUCAAGGCCACCGCCCUGUCAGAGCCCCUCGUCGACACCGUCGACCUCAAGGCCGUCGUCACCGACCCCGUCCCCGUCCUCACCCUCGACCUCUACACCUGCACCACCGCCGACCUCGCCUUCAACACCAGCUUCACCCUGACGGCCAAGCGCGACGACUUCAUCCACGCCCUCGUCUCGUGGUUCGACAUUGACUUCACCGCCUGCCACAAGCCCAUCCGCUUCUCCACCGGCCCCCACACCAAGUACACCCACUGGAAGCAGACCGUCUUCUACAUCAAGGACGUCCUCACCGUCCAGGACGGCGAGGAGAUCCAGUGCAAGCUCGACGUCAAGCCCAACGACAAGAACCGCCGCGACCUCGACAUUGAGAUUGACUACAACUUCCAGACCGGCGACGCCAACAGGACCGCUGCCGGCCACAGCACCUACAGGAUGUGCUAAAGCGUAUCCUUUUUCCUUUCCUUUUUUUUUUUCAAUCUCGUGAAAC